AUGACGUCGCUGUCCGCCGGGGAGAUAUCGCUCUCGGCGCUGUCCGAGUUGCUGUCCGGCUACGACGGCACACUCGCCCGUGUAUACCGUGAUAAGCUGGCUAUAAAGGCAGGAAAGGCAGCGAAGCCGGCCAGCAAGGCCUUGAUAUCCAGGGAAAAGGAAGAAGAGAUUGAGGACCGGGUGAAGCAGUUUGUCGAGCUAGACACCUGGCGGUAUACGACUCUGCCAGCCACUCUGCGCGAACGAGCGGGGGGCAACGGGGACCAGAAGAAGAAGGGAAAAGAGAAGCCUGCUCAUGGCUUCAUCAACAAGGACGAGAUGGUCCAGUUGAUGGACUGGAAGCUAAAACAUGGCUCCUUUCGACCUGCUCUCAUGGGCUUGAUACGCUCAAAUGCAGAGUCACAGGUAGAGAUAGUUAGCAAGAUGGCGUUCUCAAGUCUAGCAGAAGCUUCCCAGGCAGGUGUCUUCCCUGAAGCGGCCGUACAAUUACUGUGCAAAAGCUUCCGUGGAGUUGGACCAGCCACUGCAUCCUUGAUUCUAUCCCUUGCCCCGGAGACGUCAACUCCAUUUUUUAGUGACGAGCUGUACUGCUGGCUUUGCAUGGAUUUGUAUUCACGGGAUAAACAAGUUCCCAGGCACAAACUACCAAAGCUGAAGUACAAUGUCAAAGAAUACCAGGAUUUAUGGGAUGCUUUCACUGAGCUAAGACGACGGAUCCAGCAACUCUCGGAGAAAAGUGAGACAAAGCAGACAUUUUCCGUGCAGGAUAUAGAGAAGAUUGCGUUUGUGAUAGGGCAUCUAGAGCCUACGGUUGGAGAUAGCUUAAAGGAAACAUCGAAGCCAACGUCAGAUUCAAAGUCGUUAUCCGAAGAUGUUAACAGUGAACCUGAAAAAGAACAAGGCAGGAAGGCUCGGAAACGAAAGAGAAAGGAAGCCUAA